GCGGUGAAGGUCUCUUAUUUUUCUUGAUAGGAACACUCACUGAUCGGCUUCAAAGGCCAGUUUUGUAGCAUACCAACUCGAGUUUAUACAGCGAAUUUUUUCGCGGGAAGCUUUUAAGUCGAAUUUCUUGUUUGGUGAUUUUCUAGGGUAUAGGGCUUAUGGCGAUGGCGCGGGUGGAGGCCGUGUUCGUGAGCGCCGGCUGCAACAAAACGGUGAAAGCCGCGGCGUGGGGGCGCUGCGAUCUCGUCGCAUUUGCGACGCAUUCCUCUGUCGGGAUCUUCUCGCCAAAGGCAUCGCAGAUACUUGUAUCGCUUUCCGGUCACAAGAGCAGUGUCAACUGCGUGGAAUGGCUCGACUAUACAGGAACAGAUGCUGGUGAGUGCUUUAUUUUAUCCGGAAGCGCGGAUGGGGUUGUGAUCUUGUGGUCGUUUGUUCCAUCACAGAAAAAGUGGAGGAUUGGUUCGCAAGCAACAGUUUCAAAAGGAGGCUCAGUGACCUGCAUUGCGAGUAUGAUGAUUUCAUCCACCGAGGCAUUGUUUGCGACAAGCACAUCUGAUGGCGGAGUAUGUGUAUGGAGUGCCUCUUUACUUCCUGGAGACUGCAGCCUUUUGCUUGUUGACACUGUUGAAAUGGUAGUAUCUCGGCCAGUGGUGGCUGUGGCAAUGGCUCGUUUACCAGGAAUUUCCGAUAUCACUAUACUAGCAGUCGGAAGUUUAGACAACACCAUCAACAUUUACGCCGGGAGUAAACUGGAAAAGUUUACUCACGCUUGCAAACUUAAAGGACAUCAAGACUGGAUCCGUGGUCUGGACUUCUCCGGCAUCGUGCAUCAAGAGGAUGGGGUGGAAUCUCUCUUUCUGGCAAGCUCUUCGCAGGACAGGAACAUCAGAAUCUGGAAAAUACGUUCGAGAUCUCCUGGCGCUGCCUCGAGAGGUCCCAGUUUGAGAACUUACAUCGAAGGUCCUGUUUUCCGGGCAGGUAAAGAAAUCUGGCAAAUCUCUCUCGAGUCGCUGCUCGUUGGCCAUGAAGACUGGGUGUACUCCGUACGCUGGCAGCCUCUUCUGAAGAACAAAGUUCAGCCAAUGUCGGUUCUGUCGUCGUCCAUGGACAAGACGAUGAUGGUUUGGGGACCAGAAGCCAAGUCGGGGAUUUGGAUGAACGAAGUCACGGUUGGCGAGCUCGGACAGACGGCAUUCGGCUUCUACGGUGGUGUCUGGAGUCCCGGUGGUGAUGCCAUCUUGGCUCACGGAUUUAAUGGCUCGUUCCAUCUCUGGAAGGAAGUGUCGACUGGAUGGAUGCCGCAGCUCGUCCCGUCCGGGCAUUUUGGUCCUGUUGUCGACGUUGCCUGGGCUUCGAACGGGCAGUUUCUGCUUACAGCGAGUCACGACCAGACUACCCGGAUGUUUACUUGCUGGAACAAAGACGCAGAGAACUCGACUUGGCACGAGGUUGCGAGGCCACAAGUCCACGGCCAUGACAUGAACUGUCUGGCGAUUAUCCGAGGGAAAGGAAACUAUAGAUACGUAAGUGGAGCCGACGAGAAGGUUGCGAGGGUGUUUGAGGCUCCCACCGCGUUUCUAGACACGCUCGAUCUUCUCACAAGCUCGAGUGGCAACGAGGAGGCGAGGCAAGGCGUCCAAAUCUUGGGAGCAAAUAUGUCCGCACUUGGCUUGUCUCAGAAACCAAUAUAUACACAAGGUUUGAGACAAAAAGAUGUUUUUUCUUUUGCACUACUAACUUCGUCCUCUCUUGCAGCCGACGCAAACCAGGAUUCCCGCAGUAAUGCGUUUGACAGUGAGUAUGUGGCAAAGGCGGUUCCUAGUGUCCUCACAAAACCACCACUGGAGGAACAGCUCGUCCAAAACACGCUGUGGCCGGAGUCCCACAAGUUAUAUGGACACGGCAACGAGCUCUACUCGAUGUGCUCGAGCCAUGGUGGUGAAAUUCUUGCCACUGCAUGCAAGGCCCAAACUCCAAGCGUAGCCGAGAUAUGGCUCUGGGAGACAAAGUCUUGGCGGCCGAUCACGCAACUUUGCUCGCACUCGCUCACGGUAACGCAGAUGGAGUUUUCGCACGACGACCGCUUCCUGCUCUCGGUGUCCAGGGACAGGCACUUGUCUUUGUUCCGGAUUACAACAGGUACCAUUUUCAUUGUUCCAGCUUUCCAGCGCUUGCUGGUAAAACUCGAAGCCCACAAACGAAUUGUGUGGACGUGCUCCUGGAGCCCGCACGACAACAGGUUUGCAACAGGCUCGCGGGACAAAAGCGUGAAAAUCUGGUCGAUAGUCGAACAAGGAGGAGACCAAGAACAAGAACAAGCCAAGGUGGAGCUGCUUUCGACACUGCCGAGUUUCGCAAGCAGCGUCACGGCUCUCGCAUGGGGGUCCAAGUAUUUACUCGCGGUUGGGAUGGAAUCCGGGAUGAUAGAGCUGUGGAGCGUCGUAGCGAAACAAGCUCCCAGCCUCGUCACCAGAUUCGACUCGCAGCUUUGUCACGCGGCGGCUGUCAAUCGGCUGUGCUGGAGUGAAGAUCAAGAGCGCUCGAGACUCGCGUCCUGCGGUGCCGAUCAUGCAGUCAAGCUGUUCCAAGUUAACACUUAACAAAGUUUUUCUGAGAAA